UGGAAAACGCUGGCAGCGCAGCGUUUUCAGUUAAUUUUACGUGCGAUAUAUUUGAUUUAUAAUUGUUAACGUGCAGUGUGUUUAUGCGUAUGUUAAGUAAAAGUGCGAACUCAAGAAACAAACAUGUUAUAAUCGGCCUACGUAAAGUAGACAAACGUUGUUCUACUUUAUCCACAUAACGCGCACACGCACACAACCACUCACCCUCUCACUCACACACACACAUACACACACACGCGCUUUAGUUGCGCUGCCGCUGAGUGACAACAGCUGCCGCUGCCUCCUCUCUGCCUUUGUGGUGGUGUUGGUGGUGGUCCCGCAGUCAAAAUGUCGGACAUUAACGACGAUCUGCUCAACUAUGAGUUAGGCCUGGGCGAUGACAUUGAUGACCAGGCGCUGCUUGGCGCCGACGAGGAUGAGCUGCUGCUCUCCGAUGAGGAGCUUGAAAAGGAUGUGACCAGCGAGGUGAAGCAGCAGAUGCGCGCCGAGGCCGAGGAAUGGGCACAGGAGCAGCUGCGCAAGCACAAGGAACAGCAGGCGGCAGCAAAAGUCCAGCAGCAGCAGCAGCAGCAGGAGAAUAUAAUUGGCAGUGAAAAUGCCGCUGCUGAGCUGCAGGCAGCAACCAAAGAAACGCGAGCUGCUGUUGUGACUGCAGCCGAAACAGGCCCAGAGCCAAUUGCUAGUGAAACAGCGCUCCAGGUCACGGAACUGGCUGCAGCCACACCAAGAGCAACAUCAACAUCCACAUCCGCAUCAGCGGGCGGUGAGCAAAUGCGGCACGAAGCGAUUAGGAAGCCAGAGACGGAGCACAGGCCCGCCGCAACGCCAGCAACGGACAGCAGUCAGACUGUGAAUAAUGGCAGCAGUGCUGCCAACAAAGUGGAGCACAAGCCGGAACCGGUGCCGGUGCCGUUGCCGGUGCCUGUACCGAAACCGGAGCCAGAGAUAGGCGAGGCCGUAACACCUGACGGUGGGCUCUCCUCACUGCUGGCCUCCUCGCAGGAGAGCUUGCCCAGCGCUAGCUCCGCCUCAGAGCUGGCCGAUCCGCGCGAGGACGACGACGAGCGCGAGGAGCGCACCAAUUUCAAAACGGCCAGCGAACGCUCCGACAACCAAAAGCAGCAGCAACAACAGCAACAGCAUUCAAUGCAGCAACAGAUGCAAAGGCGACACCAUCCAGGUAAAUGCCUACCAGAUAAACCGCGCAUGGGCGGCUCGGGCGGACCUCGCUUUAUGGCAGGCAACAACAACAGCAACAAUAACAAUAACCAGAACCAGAAUAAUAAUAAGCGCGUGAUGGGCGCACGACAUCAUCUGCUGCGCAAUCCUGGACCGCACAUGUUCAAUCCGCCGCGUAUGCUGGGCGCCAUGCCGAUGGCCCGUUUCCUGAUACCGCCGGGUAAUGCACAUGCUCAUGCACAUGCACAUGCACAUAUGGCCACAUUGAUGGCGGCACCGCCAGGUGUGGUUGCAACGCCGGUGGCUGCUUGCAUUUUGGCCACGGCCACGCCUCUAAAUAGCCAUCAUCAGUUGACGCCGAGCGCUAUGCAACAGCAGCAACAACAACAACAACCACUAACACAGAACAAAACUGCAUUCAUUCCAGGCCAAUAUGCACCACCACAACCACCGUCAACACCCACACAACAACAACAACAACAGCAACAGCAGCAACAACAACAGUCGCCAUACAACACAAACAAUGCAGGUCCUGUUCCCACCGCUGGUCCCGGUCCCGGUCCCUCUCCAUCCCCGCAUCUACACAAUCCUCAUAUGCUGCACCAGCAACACAACCACAACAACAACAACAACAAUAAUAAUAAUAACAAUAACAACAACAACAACAACAACAAUAAUGUCGGCGGCGGUCCCAACGGCUUGCCACCACCGCAUCUAUUGCCGCAUCCGCACUCGCAUUCGCAUCCGCACGACCAGGUGCGCGUGGGCCUUCUGCAGCCUCCAUUGCCAUUGCAAUUGCCGUAUGGCAAUGCCGGUUAUCGCAAUGGCGCCCUGCUUGGUCAGGGGCCACAUCCGCCGCCAGUUGCGCCACAUUCGCCUGGGAUGCGUCCACCGCCGCCCUAUCGUAAUGCACCGCCUCCUGGCUAUGGACCUCCGCAUGGACCAGGCUCUGGUCCUGGUCCUGGGCCUGGCCCGAGCGGACCCGGGCCCGGCUAUGAGCCGCAUCUGGGCGGUCAGUAUAUGCGACCGCAUAACGGCUGGCGGCCACAGGGCGAUGCGCCUGGCUCGCGCAUGCCACGGCCCCCGUUGCAGGCAUUGCCCCAGCAUUUGAUGUCCAGCGGGCCCAGCUAUAUGAAUGGCAUGAAUAUGCGCGCUCCGCCCCCGCAUCUACAGCAGCAGCAGCCAAAUCCUGGACCGCCUGGCGCGCCCACUCAAGCCCAACAACAGGCAGCGGCACAGGCCGCAGUGCCUGGCGGUCCUGGCUCCCAGCAGCAGCAGCAACAACAGCAUCAGCAGCAUCAAUCGGUGCCUCCCUCAGCGGUACCGCGGGGCGUCGUCAGCAAGGUGCUGAUCAAUCCGAACUUCAAGGGCGGCGUCGAGGCGGCAACCAACAAGUUUAUCAAGGAGACGCACUUUGUGCCGGCCAUUAAUAGCGAUGCGGAACUGCUGCGCCAGCAAGAGGAGUUCAUCAACAAGAAUCGCCAGUACUUUGAGAAGCGUCGCAUGGAACGCUCACCGCCGCCGCCCAGUUCCAACUCAUCGGCGGCUUUGUCUGGAGCGCAGGGCGAGCGACGGCGCAGUCGCACACGCAGCCGUUCGCGGGGACGCAGCUACUCACCGUUGCCGUCCUCUCUGAAGCGCACUGAGCGCGAACGUGAACGGGAUCGCGAUAGGGAGCGGGAUAGGGAGCGUGAGAGGGAGCGAGAGCGUGAACGUGAACGUGAGCGUGAGAGGGAACGAGAUCGGGAACGUGAUCGCUAUGGUGGCGGUAGCGGAGGCGCUGGCGGAGGAGGAGGCGGCGGAGGUGGAAGCAGCGGUGGAACACGUCCAGCAGCCGGCGGCGGCAAUCGUGGCUAUCGACGCGCCGCCAGCAGAGAGCGCGAUGAGAAUCGCGGUGGAACCGGUGCCGCAGCGCCAAAACGCCGUCGCAGCGGCUCACCAAAUGCGCCGCGCAAUCCCUUUUCGGGCGAGCCGCGCAAUCGGCCCGCAGAGAGCACCGCCAGUGGCAGUCGCAUUUUGCCCAGCGACGAGGAUGAGGAGACGCGCGCAUAUCGCCUCGAGAUCGAGAAGCAGAAGCAGCUGCGCGAGAAGAUCAUGCGUGACAAGGAGCUGAAACGGCGACGCGCCGCCGAGGAGAAACUGCAUGAGGAAAAGCGCGCCGAGCAGCACAGUCCGGCCCCACGUGAGGAUCAAGAGGCAGCCAGUGGACAGGCGGCGGCGAGCACAGCGCCCAGCAGCGCACAAAAACAGCGCCAGGCAGCGCUGGGCAGCGAGCGCAAGGUUAUCUCACUGAAGCGUCGCGAUGACUCCGAGCCGAGCACCGGCCGCAGCAGCCGGCACCAGUUGCAGCAAGUGCAACAGCAGCAGCAGCCAGGUACGGGACGCAAACAGCUAACGGCGGCAAAGAUAGCUCCGGAGGCGAAGCGCAGCAUAACCGAUCAUUUGGCGCCCUCGAGCAAACAGCAGCAACAGCAGCAUCAGCAGCAGCAGCAGGCGCAGCUAGCUGGAGCAGCGAUGUCAGGUCGAGCCGCUGGCGGCACACCGCCCACAAGCAGCAGCAGCAGCAGCGCCAAUAAGGGCAUGCUGCGCCUGGGCACGCCCAGCGACGAUGAGGUGGAGCUGGACUACGACGAUGAUGGUCUGCUGCUGGAGGAGGAGGAGGAUCGGCUGUUGGCCACGCCAUCGCCGCCACCGCCGCUGUUGCAUGCCAUUAAGCGGUCCGCCACACCGGAGCUGCUGGUGGUCAAGCGCAAUCACAAAAUUGUGCGCAGUAGCGGCGCGACGUCAGCAUCGGGUGCCAGCUUUGGUCCCGGCCAACGGCGUGUGGUCCUUAAGCCGACCUCCAGCAAUGGCAGCAGCGGUGGCAGCGGCGGCUCCGAACAGCAAUCCUCGCACAGCAGCAGCGGCAACAGGCAACGAGAGCGUCGCCAGCGCGAGGAGCAGCAGCUAACGCAGCGCAAGGGCGGCGGCAGCAGCAGCAGCGCUGGACAGUCUGGAGCUGGUGGCGGCAUCUUUGAUCGUUUGGAAAAGCGACAGGCUUCAACUGGCGGAGGCAGCGGCAGCGGCGGCAAACAACGCAGCAAAGCGCCAACGCGAAUUGUCCUCAAGCAUGAUUAAGCCGCAGCAGCAGCAGUAGUCUACUCGGCGGCAGCGACGACGCCUCGAGGAACUAAUCCGUAAAGCGCCCUAAGCGCCAAUCCGUAUUAAUCAUAUAUAUACUUAUAUAGAUAGACGACAUAUAUAUAAAAGAUGAUAUGUAUGUUAAGAUAAAGAUGUAGAUGAAGUGUCAUCUGCAGCGGAUCAAGCGAGACAGCGGCGGCGACUGCCGGCCAGAGGCUGCUGCAGCGGCGAUCUGUCGUGGCGAGGCGAGGCGUGGCGAGGCUUAGACUAAGCGCAGAUUUAUUUAUGUUCUUUCUUAAUGUUUAAUCCCAACAAAAACAACAGCUAAUUGGCUAUACGUAUUUUUCAUA